AUGUGUACGGCUAGGUCUUGGUUGCGAAUGGGCGGCCCAACAUCUGCCUUUGGCGUCACGAAGACGAGGUCUUGGGCCUAUCAAGGAACGGUCGAGUUGGACACCUCAAGCUAUCACUCCAAAGGAACUGACACUCUGUCGAAUCAAGAAUCACCAGCAGAUUUGGGCUUGUCAGAAACAUCAAAUGAUGAUCUGCAGUUAUCAGAAAGCAUGGAUAAUACGACAUUUGUGCUGCAGAAUGAAAGCAUUGAAAAUGGAUCAAUUAUUCAAGAACUCCCUGACUUGUCGGCACAAGAUAUCGACUCAAUCACGUUGCCUGAGUUUAACCCAGAAAAUCUAUUCGAUACCUCUCAGCUCAUCCUCUUUCCGAAGCCAUCCUUCAACCUUCUCUCCAUCUUCCCGUCAUUCUCCUUCACAAACCCAGCCGAGCCAGCACCGUCCAUUGGAAGUGACGACGUACAAGCCAUGACAUUCCACUCGACCGUCCUGGCGCCCAUGAAAUCCACCCGCAAAGCAGCCCUAUCCUCGCACUCCAUCUUUCUCAACUUUGCCGUCCAGAAUCCCAUGGCGCUGCACUUUCUCCUGGCCUUUUCGCAUAGCGAGCUGGCCAUACACCAAGGUUUCAGCGACAGGCCACCUCUGGAAUCGCAUCUCCACUUUCAACACGGAUCACAGCUGCUUAACCAAGCACUCGUGGACUUGACGCCAACAGAUCAUAUCGCCAUGAUGCUUUCGUUCUUGUAUCUCUACAUGUUCUGGAUGAGAAGGGAUCCAUUCGACGUUUCAAAACUGCGCGAGCUGAGUAGCUCGAUUCUGGCAUAUGUCACCACCUUUUCACUUGAUGAAGUGUGUGCCAAUUCGGCCAAUUGUGAAGGGACAUCAGAACCUGUGACGCUGUCGCGAAUAUUAACGUACAUCUACGACAGAGACGUGUUCUGCGGGUUCUUUGGUUGUGGAGAGAGAUUUGCGGGUUACGUUAGCGAAAAGCAUGAUACGAGACAGCGGAUAUGGCAGUUAUCACGAAUGCCAAUCUUAUCCGAAGAACAGACAGGGUCAUGGUUUAGACCAGAGCAUCUACCAGAGACUAGCCUAAGGAAAACUGUGGAUGUUUAUUUUAGCCUCAUCACUGUUCAGUAUGAGAUCAAUCAGUAUAGUCAGGGUAGUGAUUCCGAAUCAUCGGGUAAAGAUAUGGAGAUAAAGAGAAAACUGGACAAGAUAAGAGAGGAGCACAGCUUCCUGUUCACGAUAUCCAGACAAUCUACUGGGCAGUCCACCAAGCCACCGCUGAUGGCCCUUGUAACAACCACUAUCUUCUACGCCCUCCAAAUCUAUCUCCAUCGCAGCCGCGAUUCUCUAUUCGGGCAAACACCGAUACCACAAGAUAUAGACACAGCUUUGAAGGAGUUGGUGGCUGCAGCAUAUCAGACUAUCGCUACUGGACCAGUGCAGCUACUCGAGAGAUUCCAAUGGGCGCUCCUGAUUGCAGGAAUGGAAACACACGACCCCGUGCAUCAAGAUUGGAUCUCGGCGAACAUUUCAGACCCCGUUAUCAAGAGUGUCUUGAAUCUUGUACUGGCGGCUAAGGGACGGUCGGAUGAGGGCGUUUCAAUGGAGGCGGUUCGGGACUUGGUUCAGCCACUUUGUAUAACGGGAGACGAAAUGAGUCGAGCGUUGCUCAUGUGCUUAUCUCGUCGAUUAAUCUGA